UUGGUUAUUGAGGAAAACCAGUCCCGAAAAGGAGAAAUGAGCAAGUGGCUGGAAAGAGUGAAACCAUGGAGUGAAUACAAAUCUACCUAAAGGUGAUGUGUGUGUGUGUGUGUGUGUGUAUUAAUACUUAUAACAUAUAUAAUAGGGAUUCUGAAUUUAAACAGCUCACCCAUACAUGCAUAGAUACAUAUAAUACAACAAUCCUCUCAUUUUACAGAUAAGCUGAGGCCCAGAAAAAUGAAUGCACGUGUUCAAGUUCACAUUUGUAGUAAACAACUGGACUUUGAAAGGAUCCCAAUCUUUCCUCUGCCUUAAAUUAUUCCGCAGGAUGACAGAAGAUCAGAGAGGUGCCAGUACUUAUAGGUGGUCCUAGAGGAACCCGGAAGUUCGCGGCGGCAGGGCACGCGGUCCCGCCUCUUCGGCCUGGUCACUUCCUGUCCAUUGUCUCAGCUGCGGCUUUCGCUGUCCUUGGUGUGCCCUGAGCUUCUGGGUCCCAGAGAAAGGCAAUAGACACCGCUAUCACGAAUCGCUGAGAGGUGGAAACCCAGCUGGGGGGCCACGGCCUGUUUAGAACUUCAGCAAAGAGAUAGUACAGAGAGCAUCUUGAAGAAGUUCCAGAAAUGAAAGAAUCUUCCAGUGGGUCUUUGGCAGAAUCUGACAUAGGUAUAACUCAGCGUCUGUCUCAUGACUGGGAUAGAGUUGAUGGUGAGACCAAAGAGCCCAAGUUGGAAGAACAAUUUAAGAUGCCACUGAUGGAAGGAAAAAUGGGUAAAUCCAACACCCCAACAAAUUUUCCUUUCCAACAAGGAAAAUUAAUUGGCCACGAGAGACCUGAAACAGAGGAAAAACCUUUUAAGUGCCUGGACUGUGGAAAAUGCUUUGGCAGAAACACUCAUCUCAGUCUCCAUCGGAGAACCCACACUGGUGAAAAGCCCUACAAAUGUGGGGAUUGUGGUCGUUGUUUCAGUGAUGGUUCUGCUCUUAUCCGCCAUCAGCGGAUACACACAGGUGAAAGGCCUUAUAAGUGUAUAGAGUGUGGAAAAUGCUUUGGCCGCAGCUCUCAUCUGGAGCUGCACCAGCGGACCCACCUUGGAGAAAAGCCCUACAAGUGCCCUGAGUGUGGGAAGGGAUUCCGGGAUAGCUCAGGGUUAGCCAGACACCACAGCAUCCAUACAGGUGCUAGUCCCUACAAAUGUGGUAUAUGUGACAAGAACUUUAAUGACAGCUCAGCCUUCAUCCGCCACCAGCGCAUCCAUACAGGUGAAAAGCCCUAUGUGUGUGUGGAGUGUGGCAAGAGUUUUAGUGACAGUUCCAACUUCCGUACACACCAGAAGUCUCAUUGGGAAGAAAAGCCCUUCAAGUGCACAGUUUGUGCAAAGAGCUAUGUGCGCAGGUCAGACCUGGUCAUACACCAGAGGACGCACACUGGUGAGAAGCCUUACCAGUGCAGUGACUGUGGCAAGAGCUUCAACCAGAGGUCUGGCCUCAUCAUCCACCAGACCACUCACACAGGAGAAAAACCCUUCAGCUGCAGCAAAUGUGCAAAGAGCUUUGGGCACCACUCCUACCUUCUGAAGCAUCAGAGGACUCAUUUUAGAGAGUUUUCAGAGAAAUCCCUAGAAUAA